UUACACUGGUCUUGCGUCAAAAUUUCAUUCGAGCACGAAUAUCACCAGUAGUCCCCACACGAGCAAGCUCCAUUCUUGAAAUGAUGGAAUCUCCUCACAUCUCUAACAACAAUCUCCCUACCCACAAUUCUAGAGAUAAAUUUUGUUGCAGAAUGACAGUCAUUGCAAACCCUAAGAUUUUUGGCCACCCGAAUAGUCGUGCCCGGAGGAGCAUUAAGGAGGCCAAAAGCAAUCGCCAGCCGCUCACUAUGCCCACACAACAAACUCUCCUUUUCCUGCUCGUCAACAUCGUGAAGCACACACGAAGUGUCCGGAACAUAACCCUCCUCCUUCAUUCUCACAAACAAAUCACCAAGAAAUUCAUAAAUUCGCUCACUUUGUGCAUGCAAUUUGUCUCCAGCCACGAACUUAUGACCCGCUCGACCAAGCAAGUCAACAAUGCAUGCGUAAUGGUCGGAAUUAGGUUCGAUCUCGUGAUCAACUGCCAUUUCCCGGAAAAACUCUCUGCCUUGCUCAACAAGCCCCGAAUGACUGCAUGCAACAAAAAGUGCAAUAAACGUAACCUGAUUAGGCUUCACUUCCCCACCUUCAGCUACCAUGCUCCUGAACAG